GAAUCCAAACUUUGAAACGAUUCUUGGAAAUUUGGAAAAAUAAUAAUAUUGCAAACAAUGUUAUAGAAAUAUCUAACCAAAAUAUUUCUAUUAUUGACGAAAAUGGACUGAAGACAACAAGUUCAAUUAAUGAAAUUAUUCAAUAUUCAACAGAAAACCCAGUUAAAAACAAUAAUUUGAAUGAGGAAUUUAUCAAUAAUGAAGCAUGGGAUGAAAUUCUUCAAACAUUAGAACCCAUCGAUAUACCAAAUAUUCCAGAAAACAUUGAAGUAAUUGAAAACACUUCAGUAGGAAAUAUUAAUCACCAAAGUCCUAAAAGAAAAGAUAAUAACUUUAUCAUUGACCAAAUCAAACAAGAUUUAGAGCAUGAAAUAGAGGAUCGAGUUCAACUGAAUUCUCCUUAUCAAGGCUCUGACGAUAUUCAAAUUUAUAACAAAAUAAUUAUGAAAGUUCAAACUUUUGGAAAGAAGAAAAACAAACACAUACAAAGAUUGGAAGCUCUUUAUUAUCUAGAACAAUUAAAAGAAAGCAAUAGAAAUAAUAAACAAAUAACUAGAUAUAUACGAAACCAAUUAACCCACUCUCUUGGAGAAACAAAAUCUUGCCGAUUGUGA